AUGAAUAAAUACUUUUUGGUAUUUAUUUUUAUUAUAAAUUUCAAAUUUAAUUUUUCAUUGCCUUGUUCUAAUUGCCCCUCAGUACCAACAGUAUGUUCAAGUAAUGUAGAUUGUUUUAAAGGGUAUUGUGAGGAAGGAACUUGUAAAGACUACAUAGCAUGUUCAAGUAGUACUACAUCUAUUGAUAGUUGUCCAGUAGAUACAAAUAAUUUUAUGUGUAUUAGUGAUCAAUGUAUCCCAACAUCAAAUCAACCAGCUUCAGCACAAUGUAAAAAUGAUGCAAAUUGUAUAACAAAUAAGUGUAGUGAUGGUGUUUGUUUAGAAGAUACUUGUGGAUCAGGAUACAAUACAAUGGAUCAAAAUAAAUGUAAAUGGACAAAAUAUUGUAAUAGAUUUGAAGUCCCAGAUAUAAAUACAGGUGGUACAUUAAUUAAAUAUGGAUGUCAAAGUAAAGGUACAAAUAGUGACUGUUCAGAUGAUAACAUAUGCUCUCCUGGUUAUAAGUGCUCUGCUGAUAAAAAAAUUUGUGUUCCAAUUUUUUCAGGUUCCAUCGGUCAAGGAUGUUUAAUACAAACCAAUGAUGAUAUAAAUAGUUUAUUAUAUUGUGAUAUUGGUAAAGGUUUAGUUUGUAAACAAUUCCAAAAUCAAACUGGUUAUUCAUGUGAGAAAUAUCAGAGUUCUUCAUGUAAUACUGAUUCAGAUUGUCCAUAUUCUCCUUUCGAAAAAUGUUCAUGCGAUGGUGUGUGUAUCUCAAAAUAUAACUUAAAUAACAACUGUAAGGAUGCCAUAACCAAAGCUUAUCAAUGUGCUUCUACAAAUGAUUCUCCAACUUUUUCAAAUGGUUUUUAUAACAAAUGUAGUAAAGAAGCUUGUGAAUUUGUAAACUCUUGUAUUGGAGAAAAAUAUGAUAACCUAACAUGUCACACAAACUCAUUUACUAUGUGUCCUUCUUUUUCAUGGUCCAAACCAACAGAAGAGCCAUCAAAUUCUUCAAAUUCAUCAAGUUCAUCAAAUUCAUCAAACUCAUCAUCUCAACCCACAAAAAAACCUGAGGUUAAUGAUGAUCCAAAUACAUCCAAUUCAUUAUAUUCAUUAAAUUACUACUUUUUAUUAUUUAUAAUCUCAUUGGUAUUGUUGAUUUAA